CUCGCCUCCCCGCCCGCUCGUAUCGUACCCCGACGCGUCGACGACGAGAUACAGUGGCACUCCGAAAUUUACACAACUUGUGUCGGGGUAGUAUCGUCAUUCGGAGCUCCCCCGCCACCGCUUUAAAUUGCUCCCAAAAGCGGGAGCCGAACAGAGCGACCCACCCAGAGCGCGCGGCAGCAGAGGAAGGCGAGACGCGAGAGGAGUUGCAAGAUGGUGGCGAUGGGCGUGGACGAGGACGAAGAGCGGCGGAUGGACGAGCGGCCCAUGCACCAGGGCUGCAUGGCGGGGUUCCUCCACCUGUUCGACCGACCCCAGAUCCUCUCCGGCCGCCGCCUCCACAGCUCGCAGCGCCGACUCACGUCGGUUUCCAGUGGCUCCGCGACUCCGUCCGAGCGGUCGAUGCCGCUGGACCGGGCGCCGUCGUCGCCGGACACGACGCCGCCGGCCGCGCCGCGGCCGUCGCUGCAGCUUUCGCCGCUGGACCUCAAGGAGGGAGGCGUUGGCGGUGGAUUCGGAGCACCGCAGGCGUGGAGGCUGCCGCGGCUGUCGCUGGACAGCCGCGCGGUGGUCGACGCCAGGGGCAAGCUGCGGCCGCGCGAGAUCCGGACGUCGGCCGCCGCAGGCGCGCCGCCGUCCCCGUCCGCGGGGUGCGCGGACGAGCGCAGGUCCCCGAGCGUCGUCGCGCGGCUCAUGGGCCUCGACGCGCUGCCGCACGGUCUGGGCCAGGCGUCCGCCGAGUCCGGGCAGCACGGCGGCGGCGGCGCCAGCCCGGCCGCGCUCCGGCGGUCCGCGUCCGAGCGCGUGCCAAGGGACCCGGCGCAGUUCCGCUUCGUCGACCCGUCCUUCUUCGAGAGGCCGGCGUCGCCGCUGCCGUCGCCGCCGGUGGCCGAGGAGGUGGCGGUGCGGCGGGCGCCGGAUCCGGCGGCCGUCCCGCGCGCGCUGCAGAGGCGCAGCCGCUUCGACGCGCACUAUGAGGUGUUCCCGGAGCCGGCGAAGCGCGCGGACCCGGCGUCCGGCGCCGCCGCCCACGGCGAGAUCGCGCUGUACGGCGAGAUCGAGCGUCGCCUCCGCAAGCGCGGCAUCGCGGAGCCUGCCAGGGACCUCGAGACGCUGAAGCAGAUACUUGAGGCGCUGCAGCUCAAGGGCCUCCUCCACCACACCGCUCCGGUGCCCGCGCAGGCGCGCACCACGCCGCCACCCAUCGUCGUCAUGCGCCCGUCCAGUCGCGCGCAGCCGCAGAUGCCACCGCCGGCGCGCCUGACGCCCGCGCGGCGGCUCCGCGUGGACGUCGACCGCGCGCGCCGCCCCCGGUCGCCGGACCCGUCGCCAUCCCCCGCCCGUAGCCCGGCGUCCCCCGCUCGGCGUGGCUCGCUGUCCCCCCAGCGCCGUGUCUCGCCUUCGCAGUCACCGAAGCAGCAGCAGCAGUCUAGUUUCAGGAAGACGAGCGGUUUCGACUCCGCCGGCGCCCGCACCCGCAUUGCGCGCCGCGCGGCGUACAACGGCAUUGCCUUGUCCCCCGACGACGAGGCCUCGACCACUUUCUCCGACGGCGGCAGCAGCAGCUCCGCCUCCUCCCGCUGGGACUUCGACACGCUGGACCCCAGGACAGACCGCGGCCUGCUAGAGCGGUGCGGGAAGCUGCUGAGCAGCAUCCACGCGUUCACCCGCGGCGACGCGUCGGGUGCGGACCAGCAGCCAAGCCCCGUGUCCGUGCUCGACGCGGCGGCCUUCCUCGCGGACGAGGACUCGCCGUCGGCGUUGUCGGCGUCGAAGCGAGCGAUCGACUUCCGCAGCAGCAGCGUCGGACACCCAAAGCCGGCGUCCGCGGUGUCCGACCCAGAGCAUGACGAGUACGUGGACCCGGAGGCGAGCGGCUGCCCGGACCCGGACUACGCGUACGUGGCCGAGCUGGUCCGGCACCUCGGCGGCGCUCGUGCCCGUGCCCGUGACCCGGCCGCCGCGUACCGCGCCGCGGAGCAGCGCAGGCGCGAGCGCGGCGGCGACCCCGACACGUGGCACCUUCGGCGGCUGCUGUGCGGCGCGGUGACGGAGGCGCUGGAGCGGCAGCGGUCGGCGUGCCCCUGGGAGCCCGCGGCGUGGCUCCGCGGCGCCGAGCUCGUGGGCCACGUGUGGGCCGAGGUCCGGCGCGCCGGCGAGCCCGUGGCGCCUGCCGCGGACGCCGACCUGAACGACGUCACCUGCCGCGCGAUCCGGCGCGACCUCGCCGCGGACGGCGGCAGCCCGUGGGGGUCCCUGCGGCAGCGUCCGCGGCACGGCGCGGAUGUCGCCGACGCGGUCCUGCAGAUCGAGCGGCUGCUGUUCGUGGACCUCGUCGCGGACACCAUCCGCGAGCUCGCCGACGCCGACCGGCCCCUGCCCCGCCGCAAGCUGGUGUUCUGAUCACGCGCGCGGGCAUUGGCGGGACUUGCUUGCAGCAGAGCGGAGGGAAAAUAAUAAUUAUUGUGUUUUAACUUAAAUGAUUUGCGUUUCGUCUCUUGUACUGCGUCGAGCGUCGUCUUCAAUUAGCGAGUGAUGUAAAAUUGUGACUGCUAAUCUGGACUGUUAAUUACUGGUGAUUGCAGCAGCCAUGUGUAACGUCGAUGACGAUAUAAUCAUGGAGCAGUUUUACGCGCUCCAAAAAAAAACCCCCAAGGAAUAGCUGCAGUGGCGCGUCGUCUCGGCUCUGUUCCCGCGUCAUCGCCGGCGUGCAUGUUACCAUCUGCACUGCCAUUGCUGCUUCCGAAGGCGUGAUCUGGUGCUGUUCCAGGCAUGUGGCGGCAGUGAAGGGCGACGACCGUAUAGUACCCGGCCGGCACGCGUCAUCGACGGGUGAAGGUGGAGGCAGCUGCCCGCCCGCCGGCCCCGGGCCUUGACUCGGCCGUCGUACAGCCGCUUGAAUGGCGCCAUUUAUUCGUGGUGAGUGAGAUGCGAGCACAGCGCCGUGAAGGCGAAAGGCUGGCAACGUCGCGAUCCGCUUGCAAUGCGAACCUGCUGCCGGUUGACGGAUGGCCGCACAGUUUCUCGAUUCGGGAUUGUGAUGCGACGGCUCUUGCUUUGGGACGCGAACUUGGCAAGGGAACUCGAUAGGGUUGAUCGAUCCUGCUUGCGAAUUCUGAAUCGGGAAAAGGAGAACGAGCAAUCAGAGCUGAGGCUCCUAGGUUUGGCAGCACUAUUUUAAAGGACUCGACUAGUAGAAUUGUACUAGUACCCUAGAAUUAGGGGUGUACCUUGACUCGACCCUACAUAGCUCGGUAUUAGUCUGAUUC